AUGAAGAGACUUCAUAGUAGGCUGAAGGAAGGUACUGAAUGGGUCACUCCAUUGCCCCCACUUGUUGUUAAAAAGUUGAACAAAAGUAUUGAGAUAGCUCGAAAUGUCUCUAUUUCAUAUGCUGGACUGCAAGAGUUCGAGGUGAUUGAUAUGAAUGGUAUUCCAAGCAAAACAUACACUUUGAAUUUGGACAAAAGAAUCUGUGAUUGUGGGAUGUGGCAGCUGUCUGGGAUUCCUUGCCAACAUGCAAUCUGCUCAAUAUUGCACAUGAACUUUCCUACCAUUGAUAAGUUUGUAGAUGACAGGCCCAGAAAGGCUAGGAGGAAAGAACCCACUGAAGAGAGAAAGAGAAAACUUGUGUCUACACUUAGGUGUAGUCACUGCCAUGAAUUGGGACACAACAAAAGGUCUUGCCAACACAAUCCAAACAAUGCAGGAAUACCCAAAAAUAAGAGAAGAACAAUCCCAGCCAUGGAAAGUCAGUCAACUAAAAGUCAGUUUGGUUCAUCUUCUUCCUCACAGCAUCCACAGUCACAGAUGUAA